AUGAACGGGGAGGCUUCUCAAAAAGAUCAAGGCCAGGCAAGCCAACCCACUCAGCCUACACAGCCGAGUGCCUGGGAUGCGCCUGGCAAUGAUGUGCUUGCACAGGAGCUGAUCAGCUCCGGAGUGGUUUGCAGGCUGAUUUGUACCACGAGCACAGAUAUAUGUCGCGGAAAAGGCUACAUUGACGUGAUUCUGAAAACAGAUACCUUGGAGGAUAAGCAGGAGUGGAUAUUUGGACGCAGAGCAGAAAGCUGCGACUACCCCUUGAAAACCAAGAGCAACAGAAUCAGUAACAAGCAUUUUAAGCUCUGGAUGACUACGAAAAAUUCCCAUGGGGGAGCAAAUGGUACUUUAAUGAUCCAGGACACAGCUACUAAUGGUACAUGGGUUAACGGGACUAAGUUAAUAAAGGGUACGAACUACAUCUUGACGCAGGGCGACGAGAUCAGUAUAGGUAUAGGGGUUGCCGCGGACGUGAUACGGUUUGUGGUGCACUUUCCGAAAAAUGGUACACGCGACGAUACGCCAGAGCGAAACAGCAAUAGCUCCAAUGCAGGGAUACAUAUGGACUUUAUUGUUCGAGACGAGAUCGUUGGUUCUGGUGCUUUUGCCACAGUUAAGAAGGCCAUCGAGCGAGCCACGGGUGAAACGUACGCUGUGAAAAUCAUAAGCAAGAAGAAAGCAUUAACAGGCGGUAUGGAUGGAGUGACUCGCGAAUUGGAGAUACUCAAAAAGUUGGACCACCCUGGAAUCGUUAGAUUGAAAGCUUCGUACGAGGACGUGGAAAACUACUAUCUGGUGAUGGAGUUUGUUCCUGGUGGAGAUCUGAUGGAUUUUGUGGCGUCUUACGGGUCUGUUGGAGAAGCUGCGGGCCGCGAAAUAGCGAAGCAAAUCUUACAGGCUAUCGACUAUGUGCAUUCCAGAGGCAUAUCGCAUCGAGAUCUGAAGCCUGAUAACAUUCUUAUAGCGCAGGACGACCCUGUGACCGUCAAAAUAACUGACUUUGGCCUAGCAAAACGCCAGGGGAUUGCCAGCAUCAUGAAGACUUUCUGCGGGACAUUGGCCUAUCUUGCACCUGAGGUCAUUUCUGGUAAAUACGGGGCCAAGAUGGCUACAUCCAAAAAACGAUACAUGGGAAAAGGGCGCGUCUUCGAAGAUUCGUACUCCAACAAAGUGGACAUCUGGUCAAUCGGGUGUCUUGUGUUUGUUAUUCUCACUGCGCAUCUGCCUUUCAGCGGGUCUACGCAAGAGACGUUAUUUAAAAACAUCACAAACGGGAAUUAUCACGAGUCUUUGCUAAAGGAGAACGGAAUAUCGCUUGAAGGACGUGAUUUUGUGAACAGACUCCUUGAGACUGACGUGUCAUUGCGUCUGGAUGCUCGUCAGGCACUCCAUCAUCCAUGGAUCAACGAAAUGAGCACCGUUGACUCGCAAGUCAGUCUUUCUCAGAGUCAGUCUCACCAACAGCGUCUUUCGCAAUCUCUAAGUGUAAAAGCAGAACCGCCCGUUUUCAAGGUUCCACAGGUUCCACAGGUGCCAAAACCAAGUCAGCGAGCGCACACUGCUGGCGUGGGAGAGAUAGAUGAGUCAGUACAGGAGAUAGAGUUUAUUGAUUCUCAGCCUCUAUCUCCACGAGAACAAAAUAGAGAAGACGAAAAUGUCCCCCCAGGAACUUUCCUAACUCUGAAACUUAUAGCAUCGGAACUUGCCAACAAGUACGAGCCCACGGUCCAUAUCAAGCAAGGGCAGCCGUUUUUCUCCAUAGGGAGACUUGAUUCGUUGGACUAUACAAUCUCUGAUGAGAGAAUAUCUAAAACCCAUGCGGUGAUCCUUAAGAAACGACAUCCAAUCACAACAGCUUCAUCUAUCUACGAAUCGCCAGCUAUGGGAUUGGAGGAUAUCUGGAUAUUGGAUUUGAGCACUAACGGAUGCUAUGUUAAUGAUCAAAAGCUGAAAAGAGGUAAUAAAACUAAACUUUUCAACGGUGACGUGCUGAGCCUGUUCAUUGAUAAACAGCGUGGAGAGAAGCUGGCCUACAAGGUGAUAAUCAAUGAUACAACUGGGCUCUUCAAGGGAGCCACCAGGGAGGAGAAAAAUGUGAGCGUAGAGCCACAAGAUGAGGCAGACCAAAAGCUUCCGCUGCUAAAGAAAAGACAGUCUAAUAAUAUCGAUAAAAAGAGGAAGCACGCAGAGCAGCAUGGAAUCAAUAAAAGGAAAAGAGCAGAUUUAAGUAAUUACUAG